AUGCUUGCAAGAUCGCCUAACUCGAUUCCUGAAAAUGAUAAUAAUCUGGUUAAGGAUAACUCAUCUGUCGCUGAUACUCUAAGACUUGUUGAGAAGAAAUUCAAGUUUCCUUUUCUUCCUACUUCUGGUCCAAAUGUUGAAGACCUUGGUCACUAUGCUGGUUACUAUCUUCUUCCAAAUGCUGGAGGUGCAAGGAUGUUUUACUUUUUCUUUGAAUCGCGGAAUGACAAGAAAAAUGACCCAAUUGUGAUAUGGUUGAGUGGAGGACCUGGAGUUAGCGGUAGCAUUGCAUUAUUUUAUGAAAAUGGUCCAUUUCAUAUCGCAGAAGACCUCUCUCUCAUAUGGAUUGAGUAUGGUUGGGAUAAGGUAUCAAAUAUUAUAUAUGUUGAUCAGCCAAUCGGAACAGGUUUUAGUUACACAAAUAAUGAUAAUGAUAAAAUAAGAGACAAUCAAAUUGAUAUCAGCAAUGAUUUGUAUAACUUCUUACAGGAAUUCUUUCAAAAACAUCCCGAGUUCAUUGAAAAUGAAUUUUUCAUAACCGGACAAUCUUAUGCUGGGCAUUAUGCUCCUGCUCUAACUUCUCGAAUUCUUCAAGGAAAUAAUGAAAAUAAGAAAAUUUAUAUAAAAAUCAAGGGUUUCGCUGUUGGUAAUGGACUUACAAAUACCGGAAUUCAAUAUCCAACAAUUCCGAGAUAUGCUUGGCACCAUGAAGUAAUUAAAGAAUCGAAUUACUUAUAUAUGAAAGAACAUCUUGUUCCAGACUGUGAAUCAUCUAUAGAGGAUUGUGAUGAUACUGGCAAAGAAGAUGAUUGUAUCACUGCAUAUGAUGAUUGCAUUGAGAUAGUUAGUGCACUUCGGAACUUUGCAGGGAAUAGAAAUUUUUAUGAUAUUAGAAAGCAACGCAUAGGUACCUCGAAUUAUGACUUUUCAAAUAUGGAGAAGUUUUUGAAUAAGCAAUUGGUAAAGAAAGCUCUAGGAGUGGAGAAACCAUUUGUUCACUUGAAUGAGACAAUAUACGAUGCAAUGAUUGGAGAUUACGUGAAGAAUCUUGAUGUGGGAAUUCCUGAUCUACUUAAGAAUGACAUCAAAGUUCUUAUCUAUGUAGGAGAUCAAGAUCUGAUAUGCAAUUGGGUUGGAAACCUUAAGUGGGUCUCGAAAAUGGAAUGGGAUGGAAAGAAAGGGUUUAAAGAGGCUCCAUUCGUCCCAUUUCUUGUUGAUGGUGUAAAAAAAGGAUGGAUGUCAAGCUAUGGACCUCUCACUUUCAUCAGGAUUAAUAAAGCUGGUCACAUGGUUCCGAUGGAUCAACCAAGAGUUGCUUUCCACAUGAUACGAAGCUGGAUGAAAGGAGAACCCAUCAAGUGA